UCUUCUUCCUGUGUGAUGGUAUAUGGUUCCUGAUCAGACAGUAGGCUCUGAGCAUUAUUAGUUUUCUUAGGCUCAUAAUGGCAUGCAAAUGAUCCCAGAAAGGCAUAGGAGAGUUCAUUGUCUGGUUAGCUUUGUGUAGCUUCAGCUGUUCUAGGGAAAGUAUCUGCUUGAAUGGCUUUGCAAUUUGAGCGUUUCAUGUUCUGCACAGUGCAUUGAAGAAUGGCCCCUGUUACAAAUGUUACCCCUACUGAAGAAGAAGAAGAGCCUAGCUCUUCUUCUUCUGUUAUGGGUAUUUCUAUCUUCUUGACUGACAUAGUUACAUUACCAUAAGUAUCCCCUAAGCUCCUGAACGAAACACUAUUGUUGCUGUAGGAGUUGCUGUUUGGGAUGAAUUUGUUAGCUUUCAGUCUGUGCUUCCACUGAGCAGUAGUUGCAGUGUUUUGCUAAUACCUACAGAGAAUUUACCUGUGGGAUUAUGAACACUGUGUUCCUUAUCAGUUUCAGAAAAGGAUGGCAUUUUAGAAGGGAUUGGAGCGGAGAGGGCAGACAUUUCCUAUUUGGAAAAGUGUUAAGUCUUAUCCGUCAAGACAUCAUAGCGCUAUUCAUCUGGAGAGACAAGUUGGGGGUAAAGGAAGUGUGAGGGUCCUGAAUUUCAGCUUGCUGGUUGGCUGUAUCUGAUUGUCACUCUUGAGUGUCAGACCAUCCAAUCUGAAUUGGUGAAUCUGAAGCACCCAACAAAUGUUCCAGGUAAGAAAUAACCAUUUGUGCAUCUGUAAACACGAGGGUUAAGUGAUGGAUUUUCUGUUUGUCAAAGCAGACCGAAUCCUGUCUUUACUCUAUUAAAUGCUACUUGUUUUGGCACGUGAAUGUAGGGGGGAAUGUAAUAUUGUUUGGGGUUUAAUGUAAGUAACCAACCUACUUUGAAUCUGCCUUGAACUUUUAAAGUAAACUGGAUUGCUUUAUGAUAUUUGCUGGGAUGCUAGUUGUUUUCUCUAUUAAUACACUUAACUUGCAUUCUAGCUCCGCCAUUCAGAGACAGGCAUCGUGUGGUGGGUUGUGUGACAGUGUCUGUCAAUAGUGAAGACAAAUAGUACCAGAGACACUUAACCCAUCCAAUCUCACCCAGGGUAUAGGAUUUGCCUCUGAAGCAGGGAGUGUCUGCAUUAAAAAUGACCUGUAGUUCUCUGCUUCAUAGAUGCUUCUUCAGCUCCCUCCUCUUCCUCCAUGGGCGGUGCUUGCAGCUCCUUUACCACCUCUUCCAGUCCCACCAUUUACUCUACCUCAGUCACUGACAGCAAAGCUAUGCAAGUGGAGAGCUGCUCCUCAGCCAUGGGGGUAAGUAACCGAGGGGUAAGUGACAAGCAGUUAACCAAUAACACAGUCCAGCCGCAGCAGCAGCAGCAGCAGCAGCAGCAGCAACAGUCCACACCGAAGAGGCACACGGUCCUGUACAUCUCGCCACCACCGGAGGAUUUGCUGGACAACAGUCGGAUGUCCUGCCAGGAUGAGGGGUGCGGAUUGGAGUCUGAGCAAAGCUGCAGUAUGUGGAUGGAGGAUUCCCCCUCCAACUUCAGUAACAUGAGCACCACUUCCUACAAUGAUAACACUGAGGUGCCGCGUAAAUCACGUAAACGAAAUCCAAAGCAGAGGCCGGGGAUCAAACGGCGAGAUUGUGAAGAAUCGACCAUGGAUAUCUUUGAUGCUGACAGUGCCAAAGCGCCUCAUUAUGUCCUUUCUCAGCUCAGCACGGACAGCAAAAGCAACCUGAAAGCAGGAAAUGGAACAUCAGAAGCCCCGAAAGCAACCGGAGGGAAGAAGAGCCCUAUGUUAUGUGGUCAGUACCCUGGUAAAAGCGAGGGCAAGGAGCUGAAGAUAGUUGUGCAGCCGGAGACUCAGCACAGAGCUCGCUACUUAACGGAGGGAAGCCGGGGCUCAGUGAAAGACCGAACGCAGCAAGGAUUCCCCACGGUCAAGCUGGAAGGUCAUAAUGAGCCUGUGACACUACAGGUGUUUGUGGGGAAUGACUCUGGUCGGGUGAAGCCUCAUGGAUUCUAUCAGGCCUGCAGGGUUACAGGAAGAAACACCACGCCCUGCAAAGAGGUGGACAUAGAAGGCACCACAGUCAUUGAGGUGGGCUUGGAUCCCAGCAACAACAUGACCCUGGCGGUGGACUGUGUUGGAAUAUUAAAGCUGAGGAACGCAGAUGUUGAAGCUCGAAUAGGCAUCGCUGGUUCCAAGAAAAAAAGCACUCGGGCCAGGCUUGUGUUCCGCGUUAACAUCCCUCGGAAGGAUGGCUCCACUCUGACCCUGCAGACGCCGUCCUCGCCCAUUUUGUGCACUCAGCCAGCAGGUGUACCAGAAAUCCUAAAGAAGAGCCUGCACAGUUGCUCAGUGAAAGGAGAAGAGGAAGUAUUUCUGAUUGGCAAAAACUUUUUGAAAGGAACAAAAGUGAUCUUCCAAGAGAACAUGUCUGACGAAAGCUCUUGGAAAGCAGAAGCGGAAAUUGACAUGGAGCUGUUUCAUCAGAAUCAUCUAAUUGUGAAGGUGCCCCCAUAUCAUGACCUGCAAAUAACGACGCCUGUUUCCGUGGGGAUCUAUGUGGUGACCAACGCUGGGAGAUCGCACGACGUACAGCCAUUUACAUACACUCCGGACACAUCUGGUACUCUGAGUGUCAACGUGAAGCAGGAAAUAGCCAGUCCGACACAGCCCUGCUCUUUUGAUGAAGCAAUCAAAGCGAACGUGAGUGGCUGUAACCUGGACAAGGUAAAUAUUCUUCCCAGUGCCUUGAUAACUCCACUCAGGCCAAGCAGUGUCAUUAAGAGUGAAGAUGCUGCUCCAAUGGAGCUCGCAGCUGAAAAAAGAUCUCCGAUCUUUAACGCAUCCGGUGUCGCCGGGCCGUCUCAAGCCACCUUGGAGACCAGCAUGUCUAGCAUAUUGGGGAAUGGCGCUUUCUCCUCAACCGCUUCUCAUUUAGCUUCAGAGAGCGAAACGCAGCAGCUGCCGCCAAAGGCGUAUACUCCAGAGACAAUGCCCAGCCUCCAGACCCAGGACAUCGCGCAGCCUGGUAGCUUCCCAGCAGCCUCCGCUCCCAGCCAGCUGCAGAACAGCGACACCUUGUUGCAGCAGGCCUCCCAGUUCUCCUCACGAGAGCCCCAGCCCAGAGAGGCGUUGCAGCCAGACAGCGCAGUCAUGGCUCUGUCCCAGCUGACAGAGGCAUCCCAACAGCAGUCGCCGCUCCAAGAGUCAGCGCAAGCGUUGCAGCAGCAGAUGUCAUCAAACAUGUUCUCGUCGGCCAGCGGGGUGAGUCAGCUCCAGAACACGAUCCAGCAACUGCAAGCGGGGAACUUCCAGUCCAGCGCUGCCAGCAGCAACAGCAGGAGCGUAGACUUGGUCCAGCAGGUCCUGGAAGCGCAGCAGCAGUUGUCGUCUGUCUUGUUUUCUGGAUCCGACAACGAGGACGUUCAGGAGCAGCUUAACGUAGAGAUUUUCCAGCAGGUCAGCCAAAUCCAAAAUGGAGUCAACCGGGGAAUGUUUUCCUCCUCUGACACGGUCCACCCAAGGGCUGAAGACCUUCUCUCUGGCAGAACCGAGAACGUCCACCCGCAGCCUGAAAGUUCUUUAGCCAGCCAGCAGCAGCAGCAGCAGCAGCAGCAAGCCAUGGAGACUUCUGCAGCCAUGGUGAUUGAGAUUCAGCAAGGUCUCUGCCAGGCAGCCAGCCAGUUGCAGUCAGAGCUGUUCUCCUCCUCCUCUGCAGGAAACGGGAACAUCCAGCAGUCCCCUGUGUACCGACAAGCUUCCCACAUGAUGGGCGGGCUGUCGACCAGUGAAGACAUGCAGAUGCAGUGCGAGUUAUUCUCUCCCACCAGCGUUUCUGGCAGUGAAGCUGCUACUCCGUCCCAGCAGCAGCAGCAGCAGCAGCAGCAGCAGCAGGUGCCUAGCAACGGACCGCCUAUGUUCCAGUCUUCAGGCUCCGCCGAAGGCAAAGACGCUUCAGGUCAAGCGAAACAGAUUCAGAGCACUGUCUUUCAGGCCAUGGUCCAAAUGCAGCACAGCGGGGACAGUCAGGCGCAGGUCAGCCUUUUCUCUUCCUCGGAGAACAUGAUGGCCACGGUGCAGGGCAGUGGAGCCCAGCAGCAGGGCGGGAGCCUCUUCCAGCAGAGCGGCGGGGAGAUGAUGUCUCUCCAGCCCGGAAGCUUCUUGCAGCAGGCUCCCCACUCGCAGGCUCAGCUUUUCCACACCCAGAGCCCCAUUGGAGAUGCCCAGAACAUCUCCCAGGAGACGCCCAGCUCUCUCUUCCACAGCCAGAGCGCCGCCUCUUCCUCGGAACAGCUGCAGCCGCCGAUGUUCCACUCCCAGAGCGCCAUGGGGGUUGUUCCGGACCAGCAGGCAGGCAACUUGUUUCUUCCCCAGAACUCGAUGAGUGGCUCGGUCACACAGGAGGAGCAGAUGCCCUUCUUUACCACCCAGAAUUCCAUGUCUUCGCUGCAGGCUUCUGCUAACGCUGAGCAACAGUCCUCGUUCCAGCAGCAGCAGCAGCAGCAGCAGCAGCAGCAGACUCCGCUCUCGCACCUCCAGAGCCCGAUGCUUACCCAAGAGCAGCCCCCACCCCCACAGCAGAGCUUGUUCCAGGCGCAAGUGCCCCUAGGUCCCCUCCCUCCUUCAGCGGUGCCUCCAAGCCAGCAAGGCACCAUGUUCCAGUCCCCUCAUUCCUUGGUGGCUCUUCAGAACAGCACCUCUAGCCAAGAGCAGCAGCAGCAGCAGCAGCAGAACAUGAGGUUCAGCAGCCAGAAUGCCCUCGGCCCAAUGACACCCCAGGAGCAGAACAUGAUGUUCGGCUCCAAUCCCAACCCGAUGGCUGGCCAAGAACAGCAGCAGCAGCAGCAGCAGCAGCAGCAGCAGCAGCAGAGCCAGUCCCUGUUCCACCCCCAGAGCAGCCUGGCACCAAUGAAUCAGGAUCAGCAGCCCAUGCAGUUCCAGAACCAGAGCCCAGGCUCCACCCCAGCUGAGCCCCAGCAGCAACCCGCCUUAUUCCACAGCUCCCCCCAGAUCCAGCUGGUCCAAGGUUCCCCCAGCUCUCAGGAGCAGCCGGUCACCCUCUUCAUAUCGUCGGCUUCCAUGUCUGCUUUGCAGAACAGCAUGAGCCAGCAAGAGUUGCAGCAGCAGCAGCAGCAGCAGCCCCCGCUCUACUCUUCACAGAACAGCAUGCCUGGCAUCCAGGGGGCUGCGUCGCCCCCCCAACAGCAGCAGCAGCAGCAGGCAACUAUGUUCCACAAUGCACCUGGAGGUGGCUCCAUCAACCAGCUGCAGAACUCCUCGGCUUCAUCUCGGCAGACUUCUGGGAUAUUCCUCUUCGGCAUUCAAGACAGCUGUGGCCAGCUCUUAACAUCUGGACCAGGUUCCAUGUCGGAGCAGAUGAUCACCAUCAGCCAGCCACAGGGUGAGACGCAGCCAUCCGUCACAACCCUCCUGUCCCAGCAGAUGUCAGAGAGCUCUCAGCUGUCUUCUGCCAUGACCACCAAUCAGAAUAUGAAGAAGAUUGAUGACCUGCUUGUGUCGCUACAGAACCAGGGGAACAAUAACAUGGCUGGCUCCUUCUAACUGGCCAGAAAUCCUGUGGUAGACGAGCAGAUUUUCAAGAUCCCUUUAGCUCUUGUGACUCUGGAAUGGAGGGAGAUUGGAGUUGAAUUUCCUCUGUCAAAGGACGGCCUGAACCCAAGGGAGAACGCAGCCUUUGCCCGUGCCACGCCUGGAAAGCGGCUGUUGAGCGAGAGCCUUGGAGAGAGACCUCUGGAAGCUGAGAGAGGCAGAAGACCUCUGCUUUGUGUUGCCCAGGCCUGGGUUGGACGGCUGCCCCCAUCUCUCUAGCCCUGCUUUGGGGUGCAGAGCAUGGCUGCUCAGUUAUCAUUGCAGCUAGGCGAGGGAAGAAUGUGGAGCUGUGUUUUUCCUUCUGCCCACCCCCACCCCCGCCCACCCCCGCUCUCUCUUUCCGGCCUUCACAACUCUUUGGUCAGGUUGUGAAACAUAACUGGACUACCUUGAGUCCUGAAAUGGUUUGGUUACGCUGGUGUCUGAUUCACACAUUUGUGCUCGUCACUUGAUUUGCAGCUGAACAUGUAAGUGGUUUCCAUGUUGCUGGAGGCAAUGUGAAGUGACUCAAGGGUUCAUUCUGUGGUCAUGAACUCCACGCAUGCAGGUCAUUUCUGGGUGCUGCAGUUGUCAAGCGGUGAACAUUCCAGUGUGAUUUGGGCCCCAGCGUUGAAUGGAAGCUGCUGCUGGCUUCAUAAUAGGAUGGAGGAAACUGUGAAUUAGCACCCAGGGAGGGGGCAGCACGUACGAUAGACAGGCAGCGGCGGUGGCAGCGUCUCCCGUGGCCCCAAGGGCACAGCCUGAAGAAGGGCAAGAGCACAUCCAAGAAUGUGGCUGCAGCUUCCUGAGGGGCUGGACUUCAAUGGAUAGGGUUGCUCAAGGGGGG